GCCAAAAGAAAAGACUGCCAAAAGAAAAGGAGUACUCGUAGAUGGGAAUUUGGGAAGAAAAGACCCUACUCUCUCACAGGGGGAGUCCACCUCCCCCUCCACGCUUCUCCCGCUGACCCUACCCAACACGGCCACCGCCGCCGCCGCCGCGGCCGGCAAGCGCCAUGCGGCCUUCCUCGCGCAUACUCGCGGCGGGCCACCUCCACCGCGGCUUCCGGCUUGAACCAUCCCAGACCGCCGCCGCCGCCGCCGCCGCCGUAUUCCGGCGGCUGAACGGAGCCAGCAGGCCGGGCGUGCCGAAACCUCUCACCAACCCUCUCCUCGGAGGCUUCGGACCCAACUGUGGCAUCCCGCCCGGGAAAGGGGGCCUUUUUGGCCGCCUCGGCAGCUUCCUGCCCGACUCUGCCUACCCGCCGCACGGCGCGCGGCUUCCCCGGGACACGAGAGGACAUGCAUUCUCCACAUCUGCAAAUGCUGUGACAGUUGGAAAGCCGGAUAAUGACAAGGUGAAGAAAGAUGCUUCAAAAAAGGAUGUUGAUGAGCAGAUAGCAGAUUCUCAGAUACUGAAAAACCUUGGGAAGUACUUAUUAUUGAAUGACAGCCCUGACUUCCGCUUCAGGCUUGUGUUGUCGCUGGGCCUAUUAGUUGGUGCAAAGGUUAUUAAUGUUCAAGUGCCUUUCUUGUUUAAGCUUGCUAUCGAUUGGCUUGCAGCCCUUGGUGGUGCUGAAGCCUCACUUGCAUCGUUCACGGAAACUAAUGCCACCCUAUUGGCUCUCUUUGCAAGCCCAGCAGCUGUGCUGGUUGGUUAUGGAAUUGCACGAUCAGGAGUGUCGGCGUGUACAGAGCUUCGAAAUGCUGUAUUUUCUAAAGUGACCUUGAGAGCCAUCCGUUCAGUAUCCAGAAUGGUAUUUUCUCACUUGCAUGAGCUUGAUCUUCGUUAUCAUCUAAGCCGACAAACUGGUGCUCUAAAUCGCAUAAUUGAUCGAGGCAGCCGUGCAAUAAAUUACAUUCUGACAGUGAUGGUAUUCAAUGUUGUGCCUACAAUACUAGAGAUUGGUAUGGUCUCAAGCAUACUUGCGUACAAGUUUGGUUCCACUUUUGCUUGGAUUACUUCUGUUUCAGUUGCUACUUAUAUUGCUUUCACUUUGGCUGUCACACAGUGGCGGACUAAAUUCAGGACAGCCAUGAAUAAAGCUGAUAAUGCUUCCAGUACAGUGGCAGUUGACUCUCUUCUGAAUUAUGAGACUGUGAAGUACUUCAACAAUGAACAAUUUGAAGUUGAGAAGUACGACAAAUAUUUAAGAAAAUAUGAGGAUGCUGCAUUGAAGACCCAAAGUAGCCUUGCCUACCUGAAUUUUGGUCAAAAUGUUAUCUUUAGCUCGGCUUUAUCAACAGCAAUGGUUUUGAGCUCAUAUGGAGUAAUGAGUGGUGCUCUUACUGUUGGUGAUUUGGUCAUGGUUAAUGGACUUUUAUUCCAGCUCUCAUUGCCUCUAAAUUUCCUUGGGAGUGUGUAUCGAGAAUCUAGACAAAGCCUGAUUGACAUGAAGUCUAUGUUUCAGUUGCUUGAUGAAAAACCUGGAAUAAAGGAUGAGCCUCAUGCACAACCUUUGCAGUUCAAGGGAGGAUGCAUUGAAUUCGAAAAUGUUCAUUUUGGGUAUGUACCAGAAAGGAAGAUUCUUGAUGGUGCUACUUUCACUGUACCUGCAGGACAGAGCGUGGCCAUUGUAGGAACUAGUGGCAGCGGGAAAUCAACCAUUCUUAGACUUCUGUUCAGAUUUUUCGAAUCAACAUCAGGAUCUAUACGGAUUGAUGGGCAAGAUAUCCGAGGAGUAACACUAGAGAGCCUUAGAAAAUGUCUUGGUGUUAUGCCUCAGGACACUGUACUUUUUAAUGACACGAUUAAGCAUAAUAUACAGUAUGGGCGGUUAUCAGCAAAAGACGAGGAGGUCUAUGAUGCUGCCCGACGUGCUGCUAUUCAUGAUACAAUUAUGAACUUCCCAGACAAGUAUGACACAGUAGUAGGAGAACGAGGAUUGAAGCUAAGUGGUGGGGAGAAACAACGAGUGUCAAUAGCUCGUGUAUUCUUGAAGGAGCCCUCAAUUCUAUUAUGUGAUGAAGCAACAAGUGCUCUUGAUAGUACUACUGAAGCCUCCAUUUUGAAUUCUCUGAAAUCUUUAUCCGUUGAUCGAACAUCAAUCUUUAUUGCUCAUCGACUCACGACUGCAAUGCAGUGUGAUCAGAUAAUUGUUUUGGAGAAUGGGAAGGUAAUAGAACAAGGACCUCAUGAUGUUCUUCUGUCAAAGGGUGGGCGAUACGCAGAAUUGUGGUUUCAGCAGAACAACAGUGAUGCCAUUGACCCUGCUGCAGUUAACCUAGAGGUUUGAUUGACAUUGUAUACUUUUCCCUUCUGCAAGGGAAAACAGUCUUGUAACUGAGAGGGGAGCAGGUUUCAACUUAUCUGCGCCUUGUAAAUGGAGUAGGAUUUUAGAUAUGCGGGGACAUAAGGAGAGAGAGAUCUCCAUUCCAAGAUAGCCUGGGCGAUUCUUUUUCCCCUUUGAGAUUAUAUAGACAAUCCCAUCUGUUUUUUUCAUGGCAAUGUAACAAUUCUGUAGCACAAGGAAUAAGUUUAGUAAAUAUUUACUUGUCUCAGCUCAAUUACCAUUUUGGUAUAGAUGCUGUUACUGUGUACACGUAUUUCUUGCUACUACAACUUACGUGCACAAAAAGAAUAUGAUUUCCUGUAAA